CCCUUAUCCAGAUCCUCACCCCUCCUCUAAACCCUCCCUCCCCCCUUCUCUCUCUCUCUCUCUCUCUCUCUCUCUCUCUCUCUGUGUGAGUGUGUAGAAAUGGCUUCUGCAGCUACAAAGGCAUUUUCAGUGGCCGACUCAUCAUCCGUAUUCACUUUGUCCUCACUCUUUAGCACCACCACAAAAAACCCAUAUCGAAUUAUCCCUGUCCCAGUCAAACCCACCAACCUCCACCUCUCUUGCUCUCGCUCUUCUUCACUCUUUUCUCCACCUCUCUCCCUCAGAAACAAGACCCACUUUUCCUCUAUAGUCACCUUUGUAGCACAGACCUCAGACUGGGCUCAACAAGAAGAAGACAACAACACCAUCACCAUUGACCAUGAAAAGAAAGAAACCACAGAACAGGAAGAGAAGACCGUUUGGGAAAAUGAAUGGAAAGUUGAGCCCGAGGCUUCGGUCGAUGAGGGCGUUGAAGCAGAGGAAGGGAGUGGUGAAGAAGGGGACUUUAAGGAGAGAGAAGAAGAGGACGAACAGUUUGUAGAGCCUCCAGAAGAUGCAAAACUUUUUGUUGGGAAUUUGCCUUAUGACGUUGAUAGUGAGAAAUUGGCUAUGCUUUUCGAGCAGGCCGGGACCGUGGAGAUUGCUGAGGUUAUAUACAAUAGGGAGACCGAUCAGAGUCGUGGGUUCGGUUUUGUGACUAUGAGUACUGUUGAAGAAGCUGAGAAGGCUGUAGGGACGUUCAACCGCUAUGAUUUAGAUGGAAGGCCAUUGACUGUUAACAAGGCUGCUCCAAGAGGAAUUCGACCAGAACGCCCCCCUCGCACAUUUGAACCAUCCUUCAGAAUUUAUGUUGGUAACCUGCCAUGGGAUGUGGACAAUGGUCGCCUGGAACAGCUUUUCAGUGAGCAUGGUAAGGUGGUAGAUGCUCGGGUAGUUUUUGACAGAGAGAGUGGCCGUUCACGUGGUUUUGGCUUUGUAACAAUGUCAAGUGAGACUGAGAGGAAUGAUGCCAUUGCUGCUCUUGAUGGACAGAGUUUGGAUGGGAGGGCAAUAAGAGUGAAUGUUGCCGAAGACAGACCAAGGCGUAGCUUCUGACCUGAGCUAAUAUGAAUCCAAAGCUUUGCUGGUGCUAGUGUCUUUUACCAUGGUGAAAAUUUUCUUGUCAAGUUGUUUUAGUUUUAAAAUUAUGCAUUCCCAGUUUAAAUUAUGCAAAAAUCACAAUUGACUUCAGAAAUUUGUCUGAUUUAUUUGUUGUCUCCAUAGUUAGUCUAUGUACUGUGGAAAACAAGAGCUAUAGGUGGAGUCCUCAAUGUGUAUUUUCAUAGGAAUUUGAGUCAUUUGGUGUUUGGGGGUGAGGAGAGGAGCAUGUGCAAUUACUCAAAAGGCAGUAAUGCCAGGAAGCAUGGAAUUGUGUUCAAGUUUUA